AUGAAUACACCCUCAACCAUCCUUGCCGCUAUAUCGAGACGCCUACAUCUGCAACCAGAUCACCCUUUGACUAUCACACGGAAACUCAUCGAGUCACGGUUUCCAGGUUACAAGACCCACAAUGAUCUCUUUCCUAUCGUUACCACUGGACAAAACUUCGACUCACUUGGCUUUCCAUUAGACCACAUAGGUCGCAGUAGGACGGAUACCUACUACGUGAACAAGGGCACCGUACUACGAACACACACCUCAGCACAUCAAGCCGACACAUUUCGCAACAACGAGAGCGAGGGGUAUCUUAUCAGUGCCGAUGUAUACCGACGAGAUGCCAUCGAUAGAAGUCAUUAUCCCGUUUUCCAUCAGAUGGAGGGAGCACGAACUUGGGAUCGUCAGCAAGCAGAAAGAGAAGGCAAGACACUGGCGCAAAUCAUUUGGGAUGAUGUGGACAAGAUUCCCAAGCACAAUGUUGCGGUUGAAGACCCGAAUCCGCCUUUCCAUGCUGAACGUAACCCCCUUCAAGCAGGCCAUUCAGCAGAAGAGGCUGAAGCCAUGGCAGCACAUCUGAAACGCAGUCUCGAAGACAUGGUAGUCACGAUUUUCAACGCUGCAAAGGGUGCUACAGACACAGAAUCACCAGAUGAGCCACUAAAGGUACGAUGGGUGGAAGCCUACUUUCCCUUCACUUCGCCUUCGUGGGAGCUCGAAGUCUUUUGGCAAGGCGAUUGGCUCGAAGUCCUCGGUUGUGGCAUCGUCUCACAACCCAUAUUAAAUAAUGCCUCGGUCCCCAACCGCAUAGGCUGGGCUUUCGGCAUAGGUCUAGAACGCAUCGCUAUGCUGCUCUACUCCAUCCCGGAUAUACGCCUGUUUUGGUCAAAGGACAAUCGGUUCUUAUCACAGUUCAGCGAGCAGAAAGCCAUUCGCCGCUUCGUGCCUUUUAGCAAACACCCUGCAUGUUUCAAGGACGUAAGCUUCUGGUUGAGGAGUAGCUCGAACGCUGCUGGUGGAGCCGCAGCCAUUCAUCCGCCUGCAGGAGGUAUGUCAAACAACUCGCCCAUAGCAUCCUCCACGCAAUCCUCGAAUCCAUCAGCACCAACUGGUGCACCAAUCCCACCAGCGGCUCCCGCGCCACCGUCCUCCAUCUUCCACGAGAACGACGUGAUGGAAAUCGCGCGAGAAGUCUGCGGUGAUCUUGUGGAAGAUGUGCGCCUAACGGAUGAAUUCGUGCAUCCCAAGACUGGGCGCAAGAGCAUGUGCUACCGCAUCAACUACCGCAGCUUGGAACGCACACUUACGAACGAGGAGACUAACGAGCUGCAUGAGCGGCUGAGGGGCUUACUUGUGGAGAGGCUGGGCGUUGAGCUAAGAUAG